AUGCAUCCUGUGCACAAAUCGAGAAGUGUACCUUUGGCAUCGCUUGUCUCACACCCAGCGGACUCGCCCUUCAGUGGGCUCUGCAGCACAUCGAUCAGUCCAGAAAAGGGCGUCUAUCGGUGGUGCUCCUGCUUGUUUGUCUCCAGGAUAAAUUCAGAUAGCAAUCCUUUGCUCCUUGCUUCGCAUGGUAGCGGGAGCCUGUCAAUUGAGCAGGAUCGGAUAGACUACAAGUAUCCCACCUGGGACGGAAAAGUGGGCGUCCUUGGAGGUGCUUUCAAUGAAUUCUUCGUCAAAAGAGACAUCUACCGCAAAGGUGGUGAAGGAUUUGUCGACUACGAGCCGCGCUUCAAGAUGUUGAUUCGCAAGCUGGAGAAAGCUCUGAAGGAGUCAGGUUCUCAGGGGCAGAUCCCUUCAGAACUGUUUGGGUGGUACCUUCUCAACUGUUACAUGAGGAUGGGGCCUAGCGAUGUGGCCAACGUUCAAGGGCGGGCUGAAAGUUACAAACUGGAUCAUGUGAUAGCCGCUUUGCAGAAAAUGUGGAGUGGCGGCGGUCUUGCGGCCAAAGAUCAAGAGUCCAAGAUGAAGAAGAAGAAUGUGGCAUCUCUUGCUCUGCAUGCGGAUGAACCUUAUCAUGAUGAUGGUGAGGUCUUCCAAUGUGCUGAGGAGGAGGAGGAAGAGAUGCUGACCCUUGAGCUCUCUGGGGCAGCAACCAUGUACCAAGAGGCUUUGGCAUGCUUUCUCAAUGAUCCAGAAGACAAAGAUGUUCUGGCAACGUUCGAAGAAGCUCGCAAGGCUUUGGACCAAGCCAAAACAGCGAGGGGCUUCUACCCCACCAGCAAUCCCAAUGCUCCUAGAUACAAUUCUGGCAUGGGAAAGGGUAUGGGACUGCAGGUAGCAGCAAUCCUGAUGCGAACAAGGAUUGCAUGCGAUGUGGCAAAAGAGGUCAUAUUGCACGCAAUUGCCCACAGAAACCCUCGCAACGAAAAGGGCAUGGCAAGAGCAAAGUGUCUUUUGCGCAGGAUGCUGAGGGAGGAGAAACCAAUUCUGGCUUCAUUGGGCAUUUCCAUAGCCGAGCCGGGAAGCAUUUGGCAAUCCACGGGCACAACGCCUUUCCAUGUGGGCUUUGCAGUCGUAGAGAGUGGCGCCUCCGACAAUGUCAUUGGUGUGGACACCUUGCAGGAUCUGGCCAAUCUCUAUGAGGAGAUGGGUUUCAACAUCAGUGAUGAGUUUGAAAUCAACAGGACGAUGCACAAGACUUUCAUCUACGGAGGUGAUCAUAGCAGCCAAGCAAUUGGCCUCGCACAUCUCACUGUGGGGAUCCUCUGCACGGAGAUUGUGCUGAAUGUUCACAUUGUUGAUGGAGGAACGCCUCUGCUGCUGAGUGCAAAGUUUUUGUAUGAUGCCAAAGCCAAGAUUGACUUUCGGACAGGUGAGGCCUCUUUCGGAAAUAUCAGUGACCAAAAAAAUGUGCAUUCUAGACCGCAGUCCAGGCAAACAUCUUUUGCUCUCCAUCACUACGUUUGGUGGCCGCGUAGCUCAGGCCAAUCUUGUGCCGAGCUCUGUCCAAGAAGAGCAUGA